AAAGCCCUGUCUGUCUAUCUGUCUCUCUAAAGAAGAGGGGUUCCCGUUGUGUGUGCGUUAGAAGUCUGCUGACGGUUGUAAUGAUCCCAGAAGUGAUCAUAAUUUGCGUCAAAGCAAUGUUUUGAGAAAUAGGUAGAGGGAGAUUCAUGUGCCAAAAUGCAGCUUUUUCUCCCUUUGCUGUUUGUUCUGUGCGCCGCUGAAUCAGUCCGCGGGGUUUUCGACGGAACCUGUCCCAGUAAAGAGCCUCCCCAUGGUGUGCUGGUUUUAUCCCCAGGCAGUAAGCUGGUUCUGACCUGCAGUGGUCAUGUGAAAGUGAAUGGAGUAAAAGUCACCACAUCUAAAAAUGGCUCAAACAGAGUCCGAAGAGUGAAUUCCUCAAAUGCAACCCCAACCCAUGUUAACAUAACAAACAGCACAGAAGAUUCAAUAAAAAGCAGCAAGGUGACUAUGGACAUCGCUGUGAGUGAAAGGCACCAGUCUGACCUCUCUGAGACAGAAAAAGUCAUUGCACAUACUGAUUCAGGAUACACAGCUUCUCCCACUACCCACAGUGUCCAGAGGAGCAGCAUGAGCUGGAUCCUAAAGUCUGGAUCAGACCUGGAGGCUGAAGAGGUGGAGGACUUUGAGGAAGACGAUGGAGAAGAGGGGAGCAGGGUGACAAGAGGCAUAAAAUUGAUUUAUCAAUGGAAGUGGAAUGGGAGGACGUUGGGAAAAGGAGACAGAGACUGGGGAGAAAUCACACUUGAGGGUAGAGGGGAGACACUGUCUCUGUCCAUUGUAAGAGUGAUAGACUCUGGGAAGUACACUUGUUUUUCCAAAGGCAGAGAGAUGUUCUCGCUCAGAGUCACUAUUGCAGACCCUCCAGAGACCCCCUACCUGUCCUGCUACAAAAGAUCUCCAAGCAGUAAGAUUCGCUGUGAAUGGACUCCUCAGAAGGCUGUCACCAUAACACCUGAAUGUUACCUGUUCCUGAGUAAAAAGGUAGGCUUACAGUCAGAGCCAUUUCAGCGUCUGAAGUGCUCAUACUCACUUCGACUCUCCCGCUGUUGGUGUGCUUUGGACUUCAAUGAGGACCACCUCAGAACCCUUCAUACGGUCUAUUUGUGUGUCACGAGCAUUGCUGGCAACGCCACCAGCAGUCUGCUGCACUUCAGACCUCUGAGCAUCUUGCAGCCUGAACCUCCGUCAAAAGUGUUGGUCCAACAGGAGGCAGGCCAAGAGACGAGGUUGAAGGUAACGUGGAAUGCCCCAGGAUCCUGGAAGUCUCAAGACAGCUACUAUGAACUCAUCUACGAGAUCAGAUACAGACCUCUGAGGUCAUCAUUUUCUCAGGUAAAAUUGAUUAAAGUAGGCCGUGUCUACAUCAUCAAUGACGCAUUGCCAGGUGUAGAGUACGUGAUAGAGCUUCGAACUAGAGAGGAAUAUGAUGGUCUGUGGAGUGACUGGAGUGAACCUGUCAACGCUAGCAGCUGGACAGCACCGUCAGUGUCCCCCCUUACUACCACCGUGUUUCCAUUCUACCCAGAAGGCUCUGGUGCCGAUGAUGAAUUGACCAAUGUUGACCCUGAGUUCAGUGGACCGGAGCCGUCCCAUCAUAUCCUGUGGAUCUUGGGUUCAUUCGUUCUCCUGUCAGUUAUGUUGGCUAUCUACAUAAUCAGAUACAAGGGCAGAUUGGUAUCAAAGCUGCAGAGUCUGAGUGUCAUUACUAAGUGUGGUGACCCUCCUCAGUCUCAGCCCUCCGAACAAACUGAUCCAGAAGGACAGGCUUCGGUAAAACUUGUCCCUCCAUGCUACAAAGAAUCACCCUCAAGUGAAGCAGAAAGAGAAGAAGAAGAUGUUGAGGAAGAAGAGCAGGGAAAUGACUUGAUGGAAGCCCUGCACUUCAGCAACACAAGUUACUUCUUUCUCCAGAAGUCGUAAACAUUGCAGAAAGGGCAACACUCUUUUUUUUUUCAAAGACAGAGUAACAGAUGAUAAAAGACUAUCUGCUUUUUCUUCUGUAAGAAGCAAAUUUGAGAACUAUUUUGUAGUUUGUUUCUCUUUCUGUUUCUGAAUCUUACACCAUAAAUUCCUCUGAAAACUUUCUGUUGUCUCAAAGUGACUUGUUUUGUAAGUAGUCUUUUAGGAAAUCUCUUGUAAAGUCUGUGUCAAGUGUAUCAAUUAACUGUGGGCUAGGGUAGGCCUAAUUAUAGGCCUACACCUACUGUACCAGUUCAUAUUCUUGUUGUAUAUAAGUUGUGAAGUUUUAUUAAAUACGUCAACUGCC